AUGAACACACCUGUUCUUGGUUGCACUUCAAACUUUUUAGCCAAAAUCUCAAUCUCGAGUGGAUACUUCGAUGCAAGGGCAUUCUCAAUCUUCUCUAUCUGUGUAGAGAUUGCAGAUAACAUUCUUUUGUCCAAUCUGUUGAAUUCAUCGAAACAACACCAUGAGCCAACACGACAGAUUCCAAUCAGAAUUCUGCUGACACUCUGGAAAUCAAAAGUCUCGUCACAGCAGAACACUAGCACCAUCAUUCCGAGGUUCUGUCCAAGGGCUUUAAUCGACUCAGUCUUUCCUGUACCAGCUGGACCAACGAGAGAUCCUCCCAGAUUCUGGUUUAAGGCCUCUGACAUCGCCAGGAAACACGUAUCCAUCAAAGAAGUGUAG